AUGUAUACAUUGGUAUGCAUAUAUAUGUAUGUCAGCAAGGUAGUGUGUUCGCGGAUCGUACGUGCUGAAGCGUUUAAACAUUAAUCACGUUACGGAUGUUUUUGCCGGAGUGACGCGCGCUUAAUAGACGAAGACCGAUUAUCAAGAUGCUACGGAUGUUCGAGCGUGUCAAGAAUGGAAGUCUGUGCUAACUACGGACCGCGGGACUCGCAAAUAAGCAGUGCUGAUGGACGCGGCCAUGUUUUCUGCUAGCAGAAAUCUCACCCAUUAAUAAUUCGUUAAUCGUCGACCACAAAGUGGAGUGUGCAGAAUGCCGAUAUGCGGUGUGAGGGCGAAGUUUCUACCAGCUACUUGCGCUUGGACAGUUCUACUCAGCACCACCACAUUAUUCUUCUGUUUCCCAUGCCAGUAUUAUGUGUUCCGAUGGGGGACAUGGGUACCUGCCCUUCAGGGAGUGCUGGCCUUCAUCGUGCUGGCCAAUUUCACGCUAGCCACCUUCAUGGACCCUGGUGUUAUACCGAAAGCAUCUCCUGACGAAGAUAAAGAGGAUGAAUUUAGUGCACCAUUAUACAAAAGCGUAGAAAUCAACGGUAUCACAAUACGCAUGAAAUGGUGCCUCACCUGCAAGUUCUAUAGGCCUCCCCGUUGUUCUCAUUGCAGUGUUUGCAACCAGUGUAUCGAGACAUUCGAUCAUCAUUGUCCAUGGUUGAACAACUGCAUCGGAAGGAGAAACUACAGAUACUUUUUUUUCUUUCUUUUGUCACUCAGUUUUCACAUGCUCAGUAUAUUUGGACUCUGCCUGCAUUUCGUAUUAGAGGGGAAACAACAGCUGGGCGAAGUAGACACAAUUGUCGCAUUUGUACUUAUGGGAGUGGUUGUGCUCUUAUUCAUUCCAAUCUUUGGGCUGACUUGUUUUCACGUAGUACUUGUUUCCAGAGGACGUACGACAAAUGAACAGGUAACGGGUAAAUUUGACGGAGGCUACAAUCCCUUUUCCCGUGGAUGUCUACACAAUUGCUGUUACACGCAAUUUGGACCACAAUAUCCCAGUUUACUUAAGCCAGAAAAGUAUUUAGGAAAACGACGCGGAGCUUGCACAUCUGAGAUAUCGACUAUAGGCAGUGAGAACCAGGUAAAAACCUACAUGGAUAGCAGCAAUGGUGUUAGAAAUGCCAGUUCAAAUGCUUACAAUAAGUUGUCCCCUGGACGAGAUGGGUCGGACACAGAUAUGGAACCAACUGCAUCUCAAUCAGCGGAUUGCGAGCCUACUCCUCCACUACAAAGACACGGUUCUAAAAGCAAUUUCUUCCUGCCACCUGUGGAGAACAGCGAGUCUCCCAGGCAUCCUCCGCCAAUGCAACAUCGCCAUCCAAUGCAAUACACUGGAGGCAGCCCCCAUCCAAGGCCAAGGUACGUUGUCAAUACCUAUAGGGGAAUAAAUGGCUCUCGAAGCCACACGCCCGAUCCAUUGUCACCGGAAGCUAGCGGAUCGCCUGCCACAGCUUCUCAGAGAGGUCAAGGUCAGGGUGGUGCUAGUCCAACAACACAACGGAUUAAAGCUAUCGGAGUACCGACUCCUCUUGCUAUUUCCAGUCCUAUGCGCAGAUCGAACCCGGGUACGCCGACGCAGGUUCGUCGGCCAGAUUUUAUAGGAGUAAACGACGCAUCAACGUAUUACGAUGUGCAGCAGGGGAACAAUGCCGGUGCUGCCGGGGCUAGCGGCACCGUGGUGACCGGUUACAGUCCUCAACGACGUUUCCUGUCGGAAAGCGAGCUGGUGCGCCAGGGCGGCGGUGACCACUCGUACUCCUGGACGAACAACACCGUGGACAACAUCCGGGAGCUGGCUGGUUCCCCACAGCGCGGCGUCUAUAUGUGGAAGGACAAUUCUCCGGGCAGCUAUCCGGCACCACCGGGGACGCAGAACACAACGACGACACACCAGUCGCCCUCGCAGAGACCGCCACCUUCUUACGAUUACUACAGAUCGAAUCCAACCAGUCCCACGCAACAGUUGUACGCGAACGCACCAAGAUCGGCGUAUCAUCCGGCGAUCAGGGGCGGCGUACCGGUCUUCCCACCUCAUCAAUCGCCCCAAGUCAAACGGAAAGCCGCUAUGGUGACGCCCACCACGCCCACGUCAGGCGACACACGCCGCAGACCGAUGUCUUUCGUUCGAGCUCUUGAAAUGACCAAUUCCAUGGAGAUGGUGUCCGCGCCGAACGACAACCGAUCUCAACGUCCCACCACGCCCACCAACGAUCGAGCUAGUGUCUACGACAUGAACUAUGAGAUAUCCGUAUAGCCCAGCUUCAACGUCUCCGCACCAUCCUGCGGCUGGACGGAGAUGGUACCCGAUCGUUUGCCGACACUUAGCGUCUCUCGUUCCAAAGAGGACAGAACAGCGGCAGCAUACGCCGCUUAUGAGAUAUCCGUCUGAAUUUUGUUGCCGAUGGAACAAGUAUAGUGACCCCUCUCCUUUGAGACCCAAGUGGCCUGUUAAAGUGAACGCGAAGGCGUAGGAUAGACCUAACAUUCUGCGAGAAUUCUCGUGUCGUGAAUACUCUGAAGAACUGAUCCCCCCACGAGUAUAUAAAGCAAAAAGUCUUGCACUCUUUGUAUUUGAAAACGAUGACUUUGUAACGCGAGGAUAUACAUUCAAUUUCUACCGGAGAGAGUGGUCUUGAAUGUAUACAACGAAAUUUCAAAUGAUUCGUAAUCACAUAAAGACGAUAUGCAUAUUGAACUAAAAAUAAGGUAAUCGUAUUGUUUAUGUUGUUUUUAAUCAAAUUCACAAUAUAUUAAUUGUAUUACGUUUAAUCCCCCGUUGUAUUAUAUAACCAAGAUGAAAUUGUCGAAUGAGAUCUGAGAACAUGUUGGGUGUUAAAUCUAUCUUAUACCUCAUCCGUGGCCAUAAUCUUGUUUGGUAACGACCACCAAAAUGUGUUUUUCGCUGCGUAGAAGCGGUCUCUUGCCUACAGAUGAUUGAUGAACUCUGAUUAGAUGCAAAACUCUAGAUUAGGUAGACUUACAGUGCUCAGAUCCAAGCAUUAACGCCCUGAAUACGGUUUGCUUAGCCAUCGACGUACGACGCUCAAGAGUUUUGUUCCGUCACUAUAUUCGUUCCAGCCGCAAUAAAUAUUUUUUAACAUGUCGAUGCAGCUAAAACACGUCGAAACUAUAUUACAAACCCGGCCGUGGUAUUAGUUAAGUUCUUCCGGUCCAAAUAAUGAGCCACCAUAUAUAUAUAUUAUAUAUAUAUAUGUAUGUAUACUUUGUUGAGGUCAUGUGGUGCGAUACCGAUCGUUCUUUUUCCGAAGGAACACAAACAAUGACUGUUGCACGAGUCGUCAUUGAUAUAGACAAUGAUAUACGGCUUCUCUCUCUCUCUCUCUCUCUCUCUCUCUCUCUCUAACUCUCUAACUCUAUCUCUCUCCCUCGAAGUGUUACAAGUUUUUUCUAAUGGUAAUAUUGUUCAGAUUUCAUGAUUAGACGAUAAAGUUACAAAAAUUCAUUGAACCGAGAGUGAAUACGAAAUACAAUCUCAUCACGGUAUACGCUGAAAUUGCUUGUAAUAUCUCGAUCGAGGAGCUUUGUAUAUCUGAAUGUAUCCUAAUACGGAAUUGUAAACGAUAGUCUUCGGGGAACAGGGGUAUCGCUGUUGAAUUCUAUUUUCCAUUGGGAGCUAUUGACACAGGGACUGUAUUAGGUCUGAUUUGAGCAUAAGAAGUCUGUUGUCGGCGCAAGACUGUCGUGUCACGUUAUUAACGAUAUUAUUUUUUCUUUUUUUUUUUUUGGUCGUUGUUAGAGAUCGACGAAGCAUUAGAUGCGCAAGAAACGCAACGUGUUCAUUGAUACCCCCUUGAAAGGGGUGGAUAACGCGCGGAUAGGCGUUCGGACCGAUUGACGAUCGAGGAUAAUCGAGUCACGAAACCGUCAACGAAAGUAAACCCGAACGCGUUAGACAUUACAUGUAAUCUUACAAGCGGCGAGAACCAGUUUCUCGGAGCCCGCUUGUCGGAAAAAGGGAAAAACGAUUCUAUUUUAUAGUACACAGUAAGGUCAGUUUAGAUUUUUAUACCAUGACGUCGUGACUCAAUUUCUAGAAGCGCAGCGUCGAUUGCCAUUCCUCUUUCGUUUCAUUGCUCUUUGUCGAACGCAUGACUUUUUGAACUUGUAACAAAGGACAUAGGGAUUAUUAUUGCGUGCAUUUUUCGAGGCUCGAGCCUGAUCGACGCUGUGUUCUAUUAUUAUUCUUACUACUAUUGCUACCGUUAUUAUGAUUACUAUUCUUUAAAGGGAAAGGUCAGAACGAUAAAGAUCAGGAUCGAGCCUCGCUCCAAAUAUAGUUUCCUAUUUUCGUUGAUGCGAGAGAGUUCGUGUGCAAUUUAAUAAAAACAACCGAUGAAAUGGAAAAAAAAGAAAGAAAGAAAAAGAACGUUACUUAAUCGAUUUAAGUCAUUACCAGGAUAGAGAUAACGAAUUCUAUGUAAAAUAAUCGUGGAAUGUGUAGCAAAUUUUUAAUAUACAUAUUUAACAAUAUUUAUACGUAAAUAAUAAAUAUAAGACUUUAUAAUGAUUUCACUUGUUUGUUAUGGACAAUGAUUUUAUUGAUGUGACCACUAAUACCAUCGACUUGAUUUUUACGAGUAACAAACAAAUGGUAUAGAAUUUUGAAAACGGAGGUGUGUCAAUGCGAAUAGGAAAGCGAAUGCACGUAAUGGAUGUAUAACAAGAGAAUUCUUAGAGUAUUAGAAUGAAAACAAAUAAAACGAGAAACAUUUAAACAGGCCAGCGUGUCAGAAUGUAUGCAGCAGCAACCGCGAGUAACCGAUUCAACGAUGCAGAGGUGUUCAAAUUAUUAGACGCGAAUUAAAAGAAAAUUAAAACAAAAAACUUUAAUACGAUUAAUUUUACGAAAAAUCAUCCGUUUACAUUGUUUGUAUAUUAGUUUAAUCGUAGCUUAAUCUGUGACGAUAGAAACAUCCAAAAUGUAAAUUAGUACAGGAUAAUUACUUUUUUUUUUCUAUAGACAACCGAACAACAAUGAAAAGAGCGUAUUGAACUAAUAAUUUACACGCCUCUGUAACAAAGAGAUACAAUACAGAUUCAUGGACAGAACCAACUUUGUUAAAAAAUGGAGAAAGUGAAAAAAAACAAUGAAAAAAAGGAAAGAAACAGUUUUGUAAUAUACGCAUUGCAUAAAUUUAUUGGUGUAUCUACCGCUAUUGUUAAGUUUGUAAUAUACCCCGCUUUUAAAAAUGAAAAAACUAAUUGCAUGUCGGUUUCUGUAUUAUGUAUUUGUAUGCGAGACCAAUAAUACCAACCUAUGCAGAUUUAAUGAAUAAUUACGCGAAAUCAACUUGAAAGAAACAACAAUUGCGCGCCAUCUUACUCGACGACGUGUCGAUAAUCGAAAUCUCGUUAUCAUUACUAUUUUAUCAUUAAUUAAUUAUCAUUAUGAUUAAACAGUACAUAUGUUGUUUAGAUGAAAAAAGCUUUAUCGAACAUCAAAUAUUUUCCGCGAAUAGGAUGGAAGCUUCUAUUUCGGAGUAGUAAUAGACAAAUACGUUUGAUAAAAAAGAAAAGACUUGUACUGCGAUCAUUAGAAAUGUUUCUUCCAACGCUCUUUUCUUCUCAGUUGCGUGUAUUCUAUUUUCUUUCUCGUGACAAGCUGUGCCAAAACAAAGGAAACAUGAUUUUAUAUAUUUCACUUCGAUCACAUUCGACGAAGGAAACGACACAUUGACCAUAAAAAAAAACACAAAGAAACAAAGGACAGUUGCAACAUUCAAACGAAUUGAUUUAGAGAAAUUAUCUGUAAGGUGUGACGAAUGUUUAGUGUUUAUAAUUCGAUGUACUUGUACAUAAAUAUUGCUGAUUAUUAUCACUUAAAUGUACAUACAUAUACAUUACGAUACUUAAGUAUCGCUACAGCAAUCUACAGAAAUAAAACUCGUAAAAUAUGAAA